CAGGAAUUUCGACACUAGAAGAGCAUGGUAAUUGCAGGUGGCGCUUGCAAGUUCAUCGACACUGGAAAGUAAUUGAUGAGCUGGCGGUUCUUCAUUCUCUAUCAGCCGUUCGCCGGACCAUGACAGCCGACGGACACUUCAUUUUCACACGCUUUUAUCACAUCGACACCGACCAACCAACUAUGGCCUCCCCUCCAAAGCCUUGGGAGCGCGGCACCCCAGCAGCAACACAACCGUCUACACCAGCGACGUCAACGCCAUCCUCUUCCGAUCCACCGGCUGUCCCGCCACGGCCAGCAAUGCUGAGCUCGCAGCCUGUUCCGGCCACCUCGACACCUUACAGUGCCCUGGCCCCGUACAGUCCUUAUUCACGGCUGGGUACGUCUUACUCGCCUUACGGGGGUGGGAUGUAUGGCGGAGGCAUCGGGUACGGAGGAAUGAAUCCUUAUGGUGGUUAUGGCUACGGCAUGAAUAGUAUGUACGGAGGAAUGCCCGGUAUGGGCGGAUACCCUGGCAUGGAUCCCAACAAUCUAUCGCUCACACAGACGCUGGAGGCCACUACGCAACAAACGUUCUCCCUUCUCCACUCAGUCGUCCAGACGUUCAGUGGUGUGGCUCAGAUGCUCGAGUCGACGUUCAUGGCAACACACAGUUCCUUCUUUGCCAUGGUCGGCGUUGUUGAACAGUUCGCUCAUUUACGGAAUGCUCUGGGUAGCGUUCUAGGGCUAUUUGGCCUCGUGCGGUGGAUGAAGGAGCUUAUCACGGGACGGCCAAGCACACAGAAUUCUCUGCAGGGAGAGUUCCGGGAAUUUAUCAAUGGCAAACCGGUGCAGGGACCUGUGGGUCCACCCGCGCCCAAACCCAGCAAAAAGCCUUUGAUCAUAUUCUUCCUCGCUAUUAUUGGCAUACCUUAUGCCAUGUCGCGGCUUGUGAAAAUUCUCAACGAGCGUGUCCAGCAACAGCAGCAAAUCGGUGGGCCCCUGAUCGAUCCGUCUACCUUGCCCUUUGCACGAGCGCUCUACCCCUUUACCCCCUCUUCGCCGAGUGAGCUUGCUCUCAAGGAGAACGAGAUCGUCGCGGUCACGAGUAAACUGGACCCUCGUACCGGGAUGGAGGUGGAUCCUCGCUUGGACGUGGAGACUGAUUGGUGGCGAGGAAGGACUCGCGAUGGAAGGGAAGGAUGGUUUCCCAAGAAGUGGGUGGAGGUUCUCGAGCGGCGAAAGCCGGUGGAACGAGAGAAGACGGUCGAGUGAUGUGUUCUUUGCUGUUUGCCAUAUAUUGCUGUUUCUGAUGCGCCAUUGGUUUUGUUCAAUCGGGUUCCCUAGUGGUGUUGUAUCGUGUCUCGUACCCGACGAGCUGCUAUCAUAUAUCCUGUCGUUUGAAAAUUAAUAGCCUGUUGCCUCG